CCAAAACAUUCCAAGAUGCAAGCAGCUCUUAGCAUUGCACCACCCCUUGUUCCUACUACUCUCCCUCCCUCCAAAGCCUUGUCCCCGAGGCUCGGCUGCUCUGUCUAUUCCCGUGGCCGCCGCCUUUCGAUCAAAGCAGUCGCCACCACCUAUGACACUUCCGUUGUUGACUACAGCUCUAUGUUCUCUGUGUUUCCAGCAGAGGCGUGCGAGACAAUAGGUGGAGAUGCAUGUCGUGCAGACAUAUACCCUGAAGUGAGGCUGCAACCAGAAGCCAGAACCGACUCUCCUAGGACCGCAACCGAGUCGGUAGACAGAGAAUAUCUCGAAUACAAUGAUGCGAAAACGGUUUUCUGCGCUGAGGCGUGUGAUGAUCUGGGUGGCGAGUUCUGUAGCCAAGGGUAUCAAAGGGGAGUGUAUUAGAAGCUAUUGACCUAGUCACCAGGAUCCUCCGCAGCUUUGAGCAUGGGAGAUAUAUAUAUAUUUGUGUGUGUGUGAUCUAAUGUAUAUAUACAAAACUUCUACUUGCUGUAUAACGACAUAUAAACUUCCUUAAUGAUACAACAUAGUUUCGAUUUGGAGAAGAA